UUAUCAGAUCUGAGGAUUGUUCUAGUGGGAAAAACUGGAGCAGGAAAGAGUUCAGCUGGAAACACUGUAUUGGGUGAAGAGUGUUUUCAGAGCGCUAGUUCACCAGAGUCAGUUACUAAAACCUGUGAGAGAGGAGAAGUGGUGAUGGGAGACACAAACGUCUCAGUGACUGACACUCCAGGCCUGUUUGAUACUGAAAUGUCAGAAGAACAACUGAGUGCUGAGAUCAAGAACUGCGUCUACAUGUCUGUUCCUGGUCCUCAUGCGUUCCUGCUGGUCAUCAGACUGGAUGUGAGUUUCACAGACGAGGAGAGAAAUGGAGUGAAAUGGAUUCAGGAGAACUUCGGAGAAGAUGCAGCUCGUUACACCAUCAUUCUGUUCACUCACGCUGAUCAUCUGAAGGGUGAACCGUUAGAUGAGUAUAUCAAAAGAAGUAGAAAUCUCAGGGCUCUUGUUGAUUCAUUUGGUGGCAGAUUUCACUCAUUCGAUAAUGAGAACAUGAGGAACCACUCUCAGGUCACAGGACUUCUGGAGAAGAUUGAGAAGAUGGUGAGGGUGAAUGGAGGACAGCACUACACUAAUGAGAUGUAUGCACAAGCCCAGGAAGAGAUCCAGUGGAAGGCUUUUAGACAAAACAUGAUAGACUGGGGGUGGAAAAUUAUAACAGCAGGAGCAGGAGCAGGAGCAGCAGCAGUUGCAGGAGCAGCAGUGACAGUAGCAACAGUAGUGUUAGCAACAAUAAAAGGAAAACUAGGGAUAUAG